AUGCAUAGUGACAUUUCAAUAGGAGAACUUCCUGACCUCCGAUCACCUUGUUUCCCACAGGCUUUGCUAUACGAUGAGGAGACGGAUCAGUUCGAGGUACCAAGCGACGCGGCUGAGCUCACCUUCAACAAAAUCACAUCGGCACUAGAAUACACCAAAUCACAGAUCCUUCAUAAGAAUGUCAAAGCGCUGGCAAAAACCCCUUUGGUGGACAACAGUUACACUGUCUCGUGGGCACGAAAUAUAAACAUCGACAGGAGUACAUGCAACUGUCGUCUAGCCACGGCUGUUCUGAGUGACAAAGAAGGAUUCCGUUCUCACGAGAACAAUUCAUCCAAACAAGGUUGUGUGAGAAUACAUCAGCUGCUCGGUACAUCCUCUGGCCACAGCGCACAAGUCCACAGAAAUGUCUGUGAAUCAUCAAGGCGUUCUUCUAAGCUGUCUCUCACUUCCUCCGCGUCAACCCUCUACGGUGCUGACAUCAACAUCCGAGAGACAUCAGACGCAUCUCAAGAAAAGCAAAUAUAUGAAGAGGCCUCGGAACUGGAUUUGCAAAACCUGGCUGCCCAAAUAGUUCACAAGGUAGUUGACGAUGCCGUCUUUAAGUUGACCGCACAGAACCGCAAAAAGUGUACUUGCGUGGAUAAAAAAUGCAAGUGUAUGCAUUGGCACUGUUCAGUUGAUGAGAACACCAAAGAAUCCUGUAAAGAAUGCCAAAAAUGGAGUCGAGGCAAUGAAAUUUAUGAUGGGAAUAAGAGCAAAAUGUCGGAGGCAAGUUCAGAUACAGAAACAGUCCAGGAUGUUUGCUGCCAUGGUGGCUGUCACCAAGGCAACCAACCAGGCAUGGAUGACUUCAAGGAGUUUUUGCGUGGAACAACAGGAGGCAGGAUGUUAAGUCUUUGGAUGGACAUUGAGAGGCUGAAAACCCUUAACAGAGAGAGGGAGAACAGCUUUCUGGCUUUAAUGAGGAGCCGCUACCUGCUAAGAAGCAGUCAGAAUAGUCUACGCUUGCAACAGCUCUGCAGGUUUGGGCUGACUACCUCCCCCUGCUGGACAAAAGAGAGACUGUGCUCAGUACAGCCCAAAGUCAUGGAGUCAAUCACAUCCUAUUGGGUUCCUCGUUACUGGACAUCCCCUCAAGUUCAAGUCGACCUGAAUGAUCCUGAUAGGGAGUGGUGUGUAAGCCCUUAUUUGGCCUCAAUGACCCCUUGUUCUCUUUGUCCUGAACCUUGGCUUCCGCUUCCCUACAAUCCACAGUUUAGCGAGCAUUCUCACCCAAGCAGAAGUCGAUCACUAGGGCACACAAGACUGGAAAAGGUUUUACACGCAUUAUUUGUUGACCCUGAGGCAGGCUCAUACUUCACUCAUUUUUGUGAGCAGUCUGGAAACCAGUUAUGGGAGAAUGCAGUUUAUCUUUGGAAUGACCUCCAGCACUAUCAUGAGCUCUUCUACCAGGACGGACUGGAUCCCUAUAGAGUGCAGAGAAUAGCUCAGGUUAUCUGCUCCACAUAUCUCCAUAGUUCUGCCAGCAGGAGCAUUGGCAUGAAGGAGGAGAUUAGGAAGGAGGUGUACAACCAGCUGACACCUGCUUUUGAGGAGCUCUUUGAUAAAGUUGAAGACCACAUCUUGAACAUCCUCAUGGAGGCUUGGACAGCGCUUGUUGACCUGGACAAAAAAGCCUUCCUGCAGGUAGACGUGUACAAGAAUGUACGCUGUGUGAACACUUGGCAAUUCAGGGAGCUCCAGAACUUGUAUGCAGAAUUCAAACAAAACAAGCAUCAACAGCAAAUAACAUCACCAUUGAAUACCGCGUCCGGGCUCUUCUCUCAGGGUCACCGGGACCUUGAGUCUUGGUCCAAUGUGCCAGCACAGUACCAAGGUUACCGCUUAGGCUCUUUACUUCGACAUCAUCAUGAGAUCUGGCACUUUAUGUCUUUCCUCCGAAAUAAAGAUGCCAGUAUCCACCUGGAAUGCUGGCUGGACCUGGAGCAAUACAGGCAGACUCCUCAGAGGAACAAGGCGUUGACACAGGACCGGUCUUCUCACAUUGCGAGAAAAUAUCUCAACUCAAACUAUUUCUUUAGUUCCCAAAGUCCCGCCACUGAAGAGCAACAGAAUCAUAUAUUGCACUUGGCAGGUGGACUGGAGCUUCUGCAAUUCCAAUGUCUCUCAAAGCCAGUUACCGCGGAGAUCCAGGAGAUCAUCCGAUGUCACAUUGAGAAAAAAUGGCUGCCUGAGUUUCUGGCCACAGCAGAGUUUAGAGAGCGGCGGAAACGCAAAGGAAAGGUACAGCAGACGGAGCAGUGGUAGUUUAGCAUUACAUGCCGCAGGAGAUUAGAAAAAGAAGGCUGGAAGAGUCAGGGCUUGUGGAUGAGUUCCUCCAAGGAGAUCCUUCUUUUUCGACGGCUUCUCCUCAAUCCGGCCUCCUGUUUGCACUUCCAGCACUUUGUUUCUCCGAGGGGUGACUUCCUAGAGAAUGAUGUGCUCUUUUGGCUGGAGGUGCAGCGGUACAAGGACCUGUGUCAUUCUCACAGUGACGAGGCCACGAUUCAACAGAAGAUCUCCACAAUCAUUAAGUGUUUCAUCAACUCAUCCUCACCUCCGGCCCUGCAGAUAGACAUCCCUCUGGAGCAGGCAAAGCACAUUAUGGAGAAACGUCACAAACUGGGCCCUUACAUUUUCAGAGAGGCACAGAUGUCAGUUUUCAGUGAGUUGCUCAGAUUUUGGCCCAAGUUUCAGGAGCUUAAGAGCAGUGUACAUGAGGGUCAGUUGCUGGAAAUGCUUCAAGAUGAACGAGUCAAACACAAAGCCAGAGUGCGGAGACAAAAGAGGAAGGCGGAGGAAGAGGAUGAGAGGAGAGCUCAGGUCUGCUGCAAGAUGGAUGGUCAUGAUAAUUGUGCGUGUCUUACUUUGAAAUUAAAAGUUCUUCUCUUGGUACAGGAGGAAUAUGUGAAACGGCUAACUCGCAGUUCUAGUGAAAAUGAUGAUAUGCAAAAUGAGAACGAUAAGGGAGUAGAAAAAAGAGCAUCUCAGACUACGAGGAGCCUGACGCUGUUUUCGCCAAAGCCAUUCUCGUGGUCGUAUUCCAAAUACAUGGCAGCUCUGAAAAGAAACGAGAGGCUGCUAAAGAGACAAAGUCAGAAAGAAGCCUCAUUCUCCACAUACUCAGUGUCCUCUGACGGCAGUGUGACGUCAACAGGAAGAAAAGGCAGCCACCAGAAGGCUUCACGGCCAUCCUCCAAGUCACAUGUGAAAGAAAGUCAGUAACAUGGAACAAAGAAUUAUGACUAGGUUUUUAAAUCAGAGAUGCAAGAAAACCUUUCCAGAUGUGUAUACUCUGUGUAAAUGGGUAUAUGUAUACAUAUGUAUGUAUGUAUGUAUAUACACACCAAUAUAUACACUU